AUGGCUGUCCUUAAGGCCCUCAUCGUGCUCCUUUUUACAGGAGUUGCUUUGGCACGUGAGAGCGGCCGUAUUGUGGGUGGACAGCCGGCGUCAAUAGAAACUUAUCCAUCAUUGGUCCAAGUAGAAUUUUACAACUUCUUCGGAGACAUUUGGUUUCAGGCAUGCGCUGGCAGUAUUCUCACUUCUAGAUACUUUCUUUCUGCAGCUCAAUGCUUUGAUGGACCCUUAUACACGCCCACAUGGCGACGCAUCAGAGCUGGUUCCACCGAUAGCAACUCAGGCGGUGUUUUGGCCUACGUGGAGCGAGCAUUCAACCAUGAUAGCUAUGGUCAACUGGGUAAUGACGGCGACAUCUCCGUGAUUCUGCUACAGUCAGCCCUGACAUACACUCCAGUGAUACAGCAGGGUGCAAUCAUUGCACAGGGCACGGUGAUCCCAGAUAACCUCCCAGUUGUGCACGCUGGUUGGGGUGCAACUUCGGAAGGUGGCCCUCCAUCAGACGUACUUCUUGACACCACUAUCUACACAGUGAACAACACACUCUGCGCCGAGCGUUAUCUUUCCCUUCCCACACCCGGAAUUGUCACUGAAAACAUGAUUUGCGCUGGACUUUUGGACAUUGGAGGUCGCGACGCUUGCCAAGGUGACUCCGGUGGCCCCCUUUACUACAACGGAAUCAUCAUUGGUAUCGUCUCCUGGGGUUUAGGCUGCGGUAACGCCACCUACCCUGGAGUCAGCACCGCAGUCGCUCCAUACACAGACUGGAUUGUUUCGAUAGCUUCUUAA